AUCUGGGUGAUGUAGCCUGUUCUUCUGGACUAGCCUAAGUAGCCUUGCAUUUUGCGCCAGGCUAACGGAGGAUACUUCUUUUAUUUAACCAGUUGUGUCAGCUGUUAACUUCUGGAAUUGGCUGAAUGGAUCCAAACAAGCCCUCUGACUUUAGUGGUAUGACAAGCGUUCCUUUGUUGGGACGUGGAAGAGGUCUGCCAUCUCAACAGCAGGCCAUUGGACGUAGUAGAGGGCUGCCGAUCCUUACAGAAGGACCAAGUGAAGAACAAGCCAGAAGUCAUCCCACUGCUGGUGAUACAUCAUCAGACACACGAGGACGAGGACUUAAUGUAGCAGCUACUGAACCUGCGAUUGGACGAGCCCGAGGGUUGCUGGUUCAACCCAGGGGUGGAGGACAUGGCCGGGCCAGAGAGUUGUUCUAUGCAGAACGUGAACAUCAGAUAGGAGUAGCUAGAGGUUCAUUUCUGCCACCUCAUGUGCAAAAACCUCCAAGUGAACCCCAGAUACAAGACCAACUUAAAGAGACUACAAAAGAGGUUGACAUGCCUACCCAAGGACAAGGCUCAGCAUUGGUAUCGAUGUUUAGAGGAAUGGGAAUUGAGGUGCCAUGGGAAGAGCAGCUCCACCAGUUGGUCAGUAUUUAA